AUGCCAUUAACUAUUACGCCAUUGGAAGGCCAAGGAUUUGGCGGAAAAGUCACUUUACCAAAGGGAUGUACCGAUCCCAGUGAACUAUCUAAGGAAGAUUUCAAGGCAUUGUAUGAGGGUCUGCACAAAUACCUGGUAUUGGUAAUCCCUGGGAUGAAAGAUCUAAAGCCUGAAUCACAGUGGAAAUUGACCACCAUGUUUGAUCCCACGUGCGAUCAAAGUGGUAAAUCUUAUGGACAUGGUAAAGAGUUUCGUCACGAUAAGUCAGUGUUAAGAAGAGACGGUACAUCGGUUCCUAAUUUCCCACAAGUUCAAGUUUUGGGUCAAGGAGACUGGCCAGCUGGCCAUGAAGGCCUCGGUGAGUUUACUCUGAGACACCCAGUGCAUUUUGACUUUCACAAGACUCCAUUGACGCAGGAAGAAGCCUAUGACAAGCAUUUGACCAGAUUUUACAGAUGGCAUAUUGAUUCUGCACUAUAUGGUCUAUCUCCUCCCGUUUGUACUACCCUGUUAGGUAUUCAUGUGCCUGCUCACUCCAACAAGCUAAAGGUUGAAUAUGAUGAUGGUGAUGAACUGGAAGUAACGCAGGGUGCCACUGCAUUUGUAUCUGGUGCCAAGGCCUUUGAACUUUUAACACCAGAGGAGCAGAAGCGUGCUUUGGGUACCAAAGUUGUCUAUGCACCUCACCCUUAUAUCUUUAUAUCCCCCGCAAGAGCUACUUCUGAUGGUUUAACUAUGGUAUCCGAGCAGAAGGAGAUGCCUUUAGAUGAACUACCACCUUGGGAAGAAUCGAAAGUGAAGGAACUGCCUCUAGUGUGGACCAAUCCGGUCACGAAGAAGCAUCAUCUACAGGUUCACGGUUGCUGUAUUCAUCGCUUGAAAUAUCCUGAUGGCACAGUACUAGAAUUGGAAGAUGCUCGUAAAGAAGUUCAUAGAAUGAUGAGACCUGCAAUUGCUUCCAAGUACGUCUACGCUCAUGAUUGGGAGGCUGGUGAUUUAGCAAUUUUUUACAAUAGAGGAGUUUGGCACUCCGUCACUGGUCAAUUCUCUCCCGGUGAGAGAAGAUUAAUGCACCAAUGCAACAUCGCCUCCGGCGAGGAUCCUGUUUGUGUCCCAGAGGGAUUUUCAGCUCCUUCAACUGGGGUGUCAAGCACAAUUGUGGACAUGGUAGGAAAAGAAGAAGUAGUCGCUUAG